AUGAAUGCACCUGCAGCGUUUGAGUCGUUCCUUCUAACAGAAGUCUUUGUUGAAAAGGAUACCCACGUUCCACAUGCUGCUAUCUUUACCUUAAAUCGUGAAGACCAUACCCUUGGGAACAUGAUCACUAGGCAACUGUUGAAGGAUCCCCGGGUUCUCUUUGCUGGCUACAAGGUUCCUCACCCCCUUGAGCACAGGAUAGUGAUCAGAGUUCAAACGACCUCCACAGUAACCCCCCUUGAGGUAUUCUCCUCCGCUAUUAAGGAUCUUAUCAGCGAAAUCUCAAACAUAGAAGAACAGUUUCGCGUAGGUUCAGUCGUUCUUAUAUUCACCCAUCUUAGUCUACUAUUAAUUGAACGAACCAAUCGAGGUUAUUGA